AUGACUACACACACCUGGCAAGCGUGGGCUAUCUACAUGGUCUUAGCUGCAAACCUCUCGGAAGAGCAACCGCUGAAGCAGGCUUGUCCUUCAUGUGAUGCCACUCAGCUUUGCAACUGUUCUUCCAUGGGCUUGGAUGUUAUUCCCCAAGGGCUCACGGCUGAAAUCACAGUGUUAAACCUGGCCCACAACAGGAUAAAGCACAUCCGGUCCCAGGAUCUGCAGCAGGUUGUGAACCUAAGAAUCCUACUGCUGCAGUCCAACAAGAUCAGCUCAAUAGACAUGGACUCAUUUCACUCCCUCGGGAAACUGGAGCUCUUGGACCUAUCAAAUAACAGCUUGGCUCACUUGUCCCCUGUGUGGUUUGGGCACCUUGUUUCGCUCCAGCAGCUCUGCCUUCAAGGGAACUCCUACAGAGACCUGGGGGAAAGCUCCCCCUUUUCUAGCCUGAGGAACCUGAGCUCUCUCCACCUGGGCAACCCAUGGUUCUCCAGGAUAAGGCAAGGGAACUUUGAGGGCAUUGCGGUUCUCGACAAGUUGUGGAUUGACGGUGACAAUCUCAGUCAUUAUGAGCCGGGAAGCUUGAAAUCGAUUAAGAAGGUAAAUCACAUGAUCCUAAACAUAAGAAGUAUUAAUGUGUUCUCAGCAAUUGUCAGGGACCUUCUGCACUCUGUCACUUGGUUAGAAGUGAGAGAAAUAGCAUUCAGUAUACCUGCUGAAGUGCAACCAUUGAGAGUCAUGUCUUCUUCUUUUGCAAAGAAAAUUUCUUUUAAACAGACCUUAUUAACAGAUGGGACUGUGCCAGAUAUUAUCAGCAUUUUAGGAGACAUGCCAAAAUUAGUGGAGCUGGAGAUGACAGACUGUAGACUCUUGGGAACUGGACAAUGGGAAAAAAAAAUUCAGGCAAACCAAUCAGAGACUCUUAGAGUUCUGACAGUAGAGAAUUUACUUAUAGAAAAAUUUUAUUUGUUUACAGACCUUCAGGUUGUGGAAUAUCUACUACCUCUUCUUACCAAAGUGACAGUUGAAAACACCAAGGUCUUUUUAGUACCAUGCAGGCUUUCAAAACAUCUUCAGUCAUUAGAGUAUCUUGACCUUAGUGCAAAUUUGCUUGGGGACCAGAGUUUGGAGCAUUCGGCCUGUAAGGGUGGUUGGCCCUUACUACAAACUCUGAAUUUAAGUCAGAAUUCACUGAGUGACUUAGAAAUGACAGGUAAAAGUUUAUCUCAUCUAAGACACCUAACUCUCCUAGAUAUUAGCCAAAAUAGUUUUGGUGAGAUUCCAGAUGUGUGUGACUGGCCAAAAACCCUGAAAUAUCUAAACCUCUCCAGCACUCAAAUUCCUAAACUAACGACUUGCAUUCCCCCAACGCUGGAAGUUCUGGAUGUUAGUGCUAAUGCGCUGAAGGAGUUUGGACUGCAACUCCCGUUCCUGAAAGAGCUGUACCUCACAAAAAACCAGCUGAAGACCUUGCCUGGUGCCGCACCCAUUCCUAACUUAGUGGCCAUGUCAGUCAGAAGAAAUAAGCUCAACAGUUUCUCCAGGGAGGAGUUUGAGUCGUUCAAGAAAAUGGAGCUGCUGGAUGCCAGCGACAACAACUUCGUCUGCUCCUGUGAAUUCGUCUCCUUCAUCCACCACCGGGCCGGGAUAGCCCAGGUGCUGGUGGGGUGGCCAGACAGGUACAUCUGUGACUCUCCCCUGGCAGUGAGAGGGGCACAGGUUGGAGCUGUGCACCUCUCUCUGAUGGAGUGCCACAGGUCCCUCGUGGUGGUGUUGAUCUGCGCCCUGGUGUUCCUGGUCAUCCUCAUCCUCGUGGUUGUCAGCUACAAGUACCACGCAGUCUGGUACCUGAGAAUGACCUGGGCGUGGCUCCAAGCCAAGCGGAAGCCCAAGCGAGCCCCCCUGAAGGACAUCUGCUACGACGCUUUUGUUUCCUACAGCGAGAACGACUCUGACUGGGUGGAAAACAUAAUGGUGCGUGAGCUGGAGCAGGCCUGCCCCCCCUUCCGGCUCUGCCUCCAUAAGCGUGACUUUGUGCCCGGGAAGUGGAUUGUGGACAAUAUCAUUGAUUCCAUAGAGAAGAGCCACAAAACGCUCUUUGUGCUGUCCGAGCACUUUGUGCAGAGCGAGUGGUGCAAAUACGAGCUGGACUUUUCUCACUUCCGCCUCUUUGACGAGAACAACGAUGCAGCGAUUCUCGUCCUCCUGGAGCCCAUCCAGAGCAAAGCAGUUCCCAAGAGGUUCUGCAAGCUGCGGAAGAUCAUGAACACAAAGACUUACUUGGAGUGGCCUCUUGAAGAAGAGCAGCAGCAGAUGUUUUGGUUUAAUUUGAAAAUAGCUCUAAAAUCCUAGACAGGGACAUUAAAAAAUGAAUAUGUCCAAAUAUGCUCUGGAUUUGUUACCCUUGCCUGUUCAUCCCAUCACCUAUCUUUAUCUUGAGAAUAGAGAGCCUAGCUACCGAGAUCAUUAAUUCCAGUGAGAUUAUUUUCUUUUUGUAUCUGUGGUCUUGCAUUGUUGUACUUGUUUGGGCUGGAAUAGAGUUAGUUGCUCCUAGGUUGC